AUGGCUCGUUUAAUAGUUCCCCAAAAAUCUUUUCAUGAACUGUUACCAGUCGAUCCGGUACUUCCGAUGGCCUGUGCCAUCGAAAGUUCGUAUAUUGUCGAUGGACAUGGGGAAUAUUCUAUACGAGUCGCACGUAUCUCAAAUGAUCCGGCAUUUUCAUGGGUCAUAACGAAACGUUUCCGAGAAUUUGUGGAAUUAGAUAAUCUACUGAAAGAUUAUGGAUUUAAUUUCGAAUUGCCAAAGAAAAAGCUCUUCGGUAACACUGAUCCGAUAUUUAUGGCUGAAAGACAGAAGGGUCUUCAAGCAUAUCUCAACAUACUUGUACAGCACAUAGAACUUUGUAACUCAUUAACUGUGCAUCGUUUUCUCGAUCCAAAUAGUCAUUUAAUCAGUUAUCCUGAAUCCGCAUUACAACAUGUAUCGAUGUUUGUCCGUUCAAUGACUGAUGUUUAUCAGAUAAUCGAUCCAUUGCAAGAUUUUGGUUGGCGUUAUGACAAAAUGUACUUUCUUGCAACAAAGACCGGACGACCUAAACAUGAACGUUAUUUAUUAAUAUGGUGUCACUAUGGUUUAGACAAAGCAUUGAAUGAAAAAGCGAUUGGAAAUUGUUUAAAAUUACUCAAAUCGAUCUCUCAUCCGUUAAUUGCACCGAUCGAAGAUGUCUACGCAAAUGAAAGUGGCGUACUGACAGUGUGUCGCUUUUAUAAUCGCGGUUCUUUGAAGGAUUAUAUCUAUCGGACACGACCAGCUUGUGGUGUCUACUGGAGUCGAUAUGGACCGACAGUAACGACGAGAAGAUGCGACAUCAAUCAAAUAAGAACGUUAGGCCGUCAGAUUUUAGAAGGACUUUAUUUUCUCUAUGACAACCAUCUCAUGUACGGACAUUUACAUUCCGGAAAUAUCCUUGUUGAUUUGGAACAAUCUCAAACAAUCAAAAUUGUUGAUAUAGCGAAUGUUAUCACAGGUGUUUCAUCGAAAUACCGACAUUAUUUUUCUGAUUUGAAACAUAUUCGUACGCUAGAACAUUGUGAUAUUUAUUCGUUUGGACGCUUAUUAUAUGAACUGUCAACCGGUGAAGAAUGCCCAAUGAAUAUAUGUACAGAAUUGCCGCAUAUAAUUCCAAUGCCUGUUCAACAGAUUCUUUCAAAAAUUUUUAUCACAUCUGGAGAACUUCCAACUAUUGAACAAAUACUGAAUGAACCAUUCUUUCAAAUGAUGUUUUUGAAUGGUGUCGAACGAUUUCAAUUGACUUUGUCAGAGAAAGCUUUAGAAGUUUUCAAACAAAUUCGCCGAGUAGCGGAACAACGGCUGGAAAAUGAUCAAAUCAAAAUCAAAGCUGCUCAACGUCAAUCGAAAAUUACCAAUCAUCUGAUGUCCGCUGAAGAAAAACUUAAACGACGUCGUGAAAAACAAGCAAAAGCGUUAGAAAAACAAAUGGAAAGUAGUUUCACUUCAGUGGAUACUACGACAAAUGUUCCGCGUCCCGUCGCUGUCAAUCCAUUGCCUUCGACUACAUCAAAGCAAUCUUCCCCACCAAGUUUUGUGUCUCAAUUAUCAUCACCAUCAAUCUCCGUUGUUGCUGCAGCUAGUGACGAUCGAAACGAUUUGUUGAGUUCUAUCGCUGAAUUCAAUGUUUCGAAAUUGAAAAAGACGAAAACUAACGAUAGGAGUGCUCCGAAACUCGACCGAGAAAAAGAUAUAAUCUAA